AUGGAUUACAUUUUAGGAAGUUGGAUCCACAGCAACCUGCCAUCAGGAGAAGCCUUGGACAUAACAAGCCUCUCCGCCUAUCUGAACCCCUUAACAGAUGCCCCAAACUUCUUGAUUGAGCUCAUCCAGCGCAGGCCAACAUCUAUGGUUCUCAUCCUCGACUUGCCUCCGCGAAGGGAACUAGUCCUACACCCAGACUACCUGAAAGCUUUUUAUGAAGACACUCAAUUGGACAGGCACAGGCAAUUUUUUGAGAAGCUCCCGGAGGUCCAGCCGUACUUCUCUUCGUCUCUCUAUGUUCGUUGUGCUCUCUCUCCCACAGCAAUUAUAGUCCUCAUUAAUGGUGAGAACUCAGAACACAUGGAAGAGAUUGUUCGAGAUCAUGUGAGUCCAGUUGCUAAGGAAGUAUUGGGGGUCUGGUUGGAGCUGUGUGCUUGUGGAGAGAGACAAGUGGGAGAGACAGAUAGGGCUUACUUGGAAAAGAGGGGUCAAAUGACCAAGAGAAAGACUUUAGAAGUUGAUCUGGGUUCAAGCUUUCCAAGGCUGUUUGGGCAAGAAAUUGCAGACCGGGUUUUAGGAGUCUUACGGGAGGUUUUUAAUGUUUGA